AUGCAUCUACGCAAUCAAUUUAUUCAAAAUUUAAAUACCAUACAUGCUGGAUAAAAAAUAUAUGCUGAUAGAAUGCCUAGCUCUAAAAAUAUAAAAAUGGCUUACUGGGUUUGGCCAGAUGGUAUUUUACCAUAUAUGAUUGAUGAAUCAUUUCUAUAAGAUAUGAGAAUUCAAUUAGAAAAAGCAAUAUUAGAAUUUCAAUAAUAAACACCGAUUAGAUUUUUAAAAAUACAAGAUCCUUCUAAAUAUAAGCACUAUUUAAUAUAUUUAUAAGAUCCAAAUAAAAAAGGAGAAGGUUAUGUAAAGAAAUGUGGUAGGUAGCCAGAAGAAGUAGGAAAAAGCAUCAAACAUGAAGUGUUUAUUAAUCGUACUGCAAGAUAUGCAACAUAUCUUCAUGAAACUAUGCAUAUUUUGGGCUUUAUGCACACAUAAUGUAGAGAUGAUAGAGACUUAUAUGUGAUAAUAAACCCAGGAUAUGAAGAAGUUAAUGAUUAUUAAAAGCGUCCAAAUUUCUAAAUGAUCGGUAAUUAUGAUAAAUAAUCAAUUAUGCAUUACAGUAUAGGUAAUGAAUGUAAAAUGUAACCUCGACCAGAAUAUGCUGGUUAAACUUUUGGAUAUGCCGAACAUUUAAGCUCUUAAGAUAUACAAGUCAUUAAACUGAUUUAUGGACACGAGAAAUGUUCUUAUAGUGUUUACUAAGCGGAAGAGAUAAUAUAACUCUAUUGUAAAUGUGAAACUUGUAAUUUAAUUGUUUGCAUCCCAUGUGGCUUAGUAUGCCACAAAGAAAAAAAUCAUAAAACAAAAAUGGAAAAUUAAUAUACAUAAGACUAUAAAUAUAAAUAAUUGUGUUGUUAAUGUGGGAUGAAUAAUCAUUAAUGUAAUGGCUAGAAUCAAUUCUUAUUAAAAUGA